UUUCAUUCUGUGGAUGUAGUAAGUUUCAUUGUGCGACUUGGUUUUGCAGAAAUAUCCACCUCAAGAUAAAGUGCUGGUCCAGGAUUUCUUCAACAUUGAGUUGGAUCCUCGAACAUUUUUCUUGAAAUAUUACUUGAACUGUGUUAUCAGAUGACAGCCAUGUCCGGUUCUACCGCGGCACUGCAAACGCAAAGUGCUCAGGUGUCGACAGCUUCUGACUUGGGAAUGGCAAGUGCUCAGACGUCGGAGGCAGUUAUAGGCCCGGAUGUUGCUCCCGCUCGUGCUGAACGUCCUGAUGAAGUAAAUCUCGUCGAUGAAUCGACUUCAUCAGAGAUAGCGAAGCGCGAUGAAUGCGAUACCAAGCAUCUUGAUCAGUGCUACCAACAUCUCAUCCCUGCAUAUAAGGAUGACUUGAAUAGACGCCUAUGCUACACAACGACAGACGCGCAAAAGGCUCCUACAUUUUCAAGAGUAGUGGGAUUCAACGUAGAUAAUUUCUGUAAGGCGGCCGCUACUGGACGAACAGAGUCCGGACAAGCAUGCUUCGACGACGACCAUGUGCUGUGCUUCUUCAAGCAAUGUGGAAAGCAAUACAGGGAGAUAAAAGCGCUGGCCCGUCGUAACUGGAACAUACCAGACAGCCAUUACGACGAAACUGCUGCCUGUGAUAAAUAUCCAUGAUGUGGCGUUAAUCUGCUCAAGUUACCUGGUCGUGCAGUGCACAUUACUUUGACUAAGUGACUGCUGCGGCUGACUUGUGUUCAAUGUUCACUGCAUUGAGACACUGUUUCAGAACUGGUCAGAAUUGUGGACUAUGUGACUCUAUAACGCAUUGGUUGCCACUCCUGUGCGAUAAUUGUUGAAACUCUGCUACAAGAGCUAUAACAUGAGGUUGCGUAAAGUGGGAUGCAACUCGAAACAA